AACAGAACCUUUUCCACGGGAGCCGUCAGCAGCGCGGGUCGGCCGCGUCUCAGAAGCAGCAUGUCGCAGCCUUUACGCGCUGGUUCUAUUUUCUACGCGCGACGCCUCUGAAACGGGUCAAGUUCGACAUUUUUGGGGAAGGAAAGACAGGAAAUCGGAUGCGGAAAUGGAGAGAAGCUUCCGAGAUUUUCAGAAUAAAGAACGUACUGCCUUCUGGUUGCUUUGCUUUUAAAAAAGGUUACUAACUGUGCGGCCCCGUGAGAAGUUAUCACCUAGCUAGCAGUCUCCUUUGUUUUUCAGGUCCGUAUUGGCGAUUAUAAAACAUACAGAACAUAAAACACAAACCUUGUUGUAGUUUUCUCCUGCUUGUUGUUGUGUUUACUGACGAAGUCACUCGUGUGACUUCGUGCUCUGUCGGUGACGGCUGCUCCCCUGCUGCUUCGCGUCUCGUGGGAAGGGCCAAGCAGCAGCUUGUGCGAGCAAGACGUGCUGCUGCAGUAACGUGCUGCUGAUGGCUCCCGUGGAAACCCGGGGUUAGACUAGAGAACACUCCAGAUGUGUUGAAUAAACAAGUAAACCACAUCUUUAAUAACAGCAAAACUGGGAGCAGAGUAAACUUAACAAGAGGGGUAAAACAGAUGAAAAUUAGCACUAAAGGGAGCUAAACAGAGACAGAUGUGUACAGUCAACUGGUGAGCUGAGGGAAAUCAAGCUGAACCAAAACAGAAACAAAUCCUGGAAAAAUAACUUUACAGAUCUUUGCAGAACUGUUAGAAAACAGGGUUUAUCCUUGGUAUACCGUCACUUUUUAUAACAUGCCACCCUUUAUAAUCCUGCUGGUAGUGUAAAUGUCCACCUGAGAUGGUCUAAAGACGUAGGUACUAAAUAUUUGCAUGAGUGCCAGUCAUCAUGGAUAAAACUGAAGUUCACAGCCUACACUACGCUGUCCGUGCAGGUUGGAUUUAACAGAUCAAGGACUUGAGAAACAAUGAUUGGUUUAAAGAUAACCCUAAUUCUUUAGAAAUGCAUUUUCAGAAGCUGACUCUCAUUUUAGCCACGUCAUAUUCCUCUGUUCAUGUUGAAAGUCGUGGUUCCAAGACAUGAACAGAAUCACAUAAUCUGCAAGCGGAGGGGACACCCAGGGGUUCUGAAACUAGAUUCCUUCUUUUUGACAACUACAUCUCAAGAUCCUCAGUGGGUUGGAGAUGAUGAGCAGCCCAGAUGGAGGCCAACCAUUACUGGGCUAAACUUAGUCCAGAGAAUAUGAAUUGCAGGACAUGGACACGUUAUACCCCCACAGCAACCCCUACUAACUGCCUGGAGAUAUAACCUAUUCUCUUUUUGUUUGUUGAUUUUUAAAGUCCUUCACCACAGCUAAAAUUUACUGGAGCAAUUAGUUUGCUGCUGAUCUUGUUCUAAUAUUUGUUCUUCUGGAUUUGUGAUAAAUGACAUAAAUUAGAAAUGCAAUGAAAGAAAGCUUUUAAACUGAACAUUUUACUUGUUGCAAGCAUGUAGACAUACGUGUGACUAAAAUAUUAUUCACAUAUUAUAUGAAGGCUUCAAUACACAGAUGCACAAACAUUUAUGAUUUUAGAUUUUUUGCUUGCCAUAAGGUGUGUCAGACAGAACAAUGAAAAACUCCUGCGAAUAGAGAGAGACAGGGAGAAAGGAGGGGUAAUAUGAAGACAGAGGUGGGAAUUGGCUAGUCACUUGACACUAUAAAAACCUCUGACAUGAACUCAGACUCAGUUUGCUUUCUUCUCAAGCCCAUUAGAGACAGACAUAAAGCAGGAGUAGCAGUAACUUGACAAGUACUUCUGUUUGGUUUCUUCAGAAGAGAUGGAUCUUGUAAACAAAAGCUUCAAUGGUAACAUCUCCUCUGGAAAUGAAGACCAGAACAACACGAAUCAAAUUAAAUGUCUACUUCUACCUGAUGAUUUGUCCUUCUCAGUGAUUCCACCAUACAUUAUGAUUAUCGCCAUAUUGGGAAUUCUACUAAAUAUCUUUGUGUUGAUGGUUUUCUGCCUCCACAAGAAGUCCUGCACCACAGCUGAGAUCUACCUGAGCAACAUGGCUGCAGCUGACCUCCUUCUGGUCUCAUUUUUGCCCUUCUAUGCGUUUUAUGUUUUAAAGCGUUUUGACUGGACUUUUGGUUUGGCCAUGUGCAAACUUGUCAGCAUGAGCAUUCUGAUGAAUACCUACAGCAGCAUCUACUUCAUGGUUCUGAUCGGCAUUGAUCGGUACUUGGCUCUGGUGCACCCACUGUUCAGUGAAGGAAUACGAAGACCAAAGUUUGCCAAACUAGGUUGUGUGGUGGUUUGGAUUCUGGGAUUCCUCUUUAGUCUUCCAGCUCUCAUCCACAGGGAUUUGACAGCACCCAUUAAUAACACUAAAUCAAAUUGUUUCAUGAAUUUCCCCAGCCAUAAUGUACAGCUAACAAGUGACUUGUCACUCUCUGUACUUGGAUUCAUCAUUCCCAUUUUCAUUAUUUCCUUUUGCACCAUUAAAAUAAUCAAAUCUCUGAAAAACAGAAUAACAGAAGGAGUAAAUGCAAAGAAGGUGGAUCACAAGGCGACCACUUUGGUUCUGGCUGUUCUUCUGGCGUUUUUGAUCUGUUGGGUUCCGUACCACCUGGUGAAGAUACUAUAUUUUCUCAAAGAUGCUAAACUUUUUACUAGUUGUAGUGUUUUCAAACUCUUGCAUAUCUGCAGCCAGAUCUUCACCUACUUGGCCUACUUCAACAGCACUCUCAACCCCAUUCUCUACGUCCUUGUUGGGAAAAACUUUCAGAAAAAAGUGAAAGAACUUUUCAGACAGUGGGAUCACAAACGGACCUCAACCUUGAGCAACACAGUGAGCACAAAGCUGCCAAGAAGCAAUAGAUCUUCACAUAACAUUGUCUGAAAAGCUUGUGAUUGUCUUUCAUUAAGGUAUGUUUCAUUUUUUUUAUUUUAUAAGGAUAGUAGAAAGAAGAGCAUGUUCCCUAACAUUUUACCUAUAGGGUUGGGAAAAAAAGAAAGGCAAAAAAAUAUGAAUGACACUCCUUUGUGUAUUUCUGUAAUAUGGUGAUAACCCCACAUUUUUAGUAAAGUCCAACUUCUUUUCUUUAAUUUAGAAGUUUAACAAUAAGAGAAGAUAUGCAGCAUUGUGAUGUCUGACUUAUUUCAUUGAUUGUGUAACUUAUGUGGAAAAAAAUAUGGCAGAGACAUGAAAGGUUGGCAGGGGCUACGUGAUGGUGCAGCUGAUAGUAUUGUUGCCUUGCAGUAAAGGUUACAGGUUCAAAACUUUCUGAAAAGAGAGUGCAUGUUCUCUCCAAGCUUGCAUGGGUUUUCCACGGGUUCCUCAGUCCAGAAACAUGCAAAUGAGCUUAUUCGCCUGCAAUGCUACAUCUUCCAUUAUUACAAUGCUUUGUAUACGGGUAUCUGCUAAAUAAACUAUAUUUCUGACAUUGAGUUAGUAAAAAUUGCAAAAAGAGAGAGGAUUUCACUUUUUUUUGCAUUGCAUGUAAUUUGGUGAUUCCAGUUUUGUUUUGUCACACGAAGUGCACGAGUUUUCAUAGCCAUGAAAAUCCACAUAAGUUUUUAAGUGACUGUCUGAUAAUUUAUGAAAUACUAAUGUUUAAACAGAGGCUUUAAAAUAGUUUCAUUUUUGCACUAAACACGCCCACAUCAGUUACUUUCUACAAAGAUGAAAGGCGUGAUGAUUUCUGAUCAAAUGCACUAAAAUCCUUUCUAUAUCAGUAUAGUUUUACACGAUCUUUAAAUCAGCUUUCAUUCUACCACUCACACCCUAAAACAUGUUUGAAUAGAUAUGCUACAUAGUACCACAUUACUAAUCCUACUACAAGUGUAGUACUUUGUGACAGUUUGUGACUCAUCUGUAGAUCUGCCUGUGUGUAAUGUGUCUUCAUAUUUCCAAAGAAUAGUUGUGAAAAUUCAUGAUAACUCUAAACUGGUUUUGUGGGAGUACAUAAAGCUGAUCUUGUAUAUUGCUGCUGUACGAUGUUCCAUGACAUCUGUACGUGUCUGUAACCGCUGCUUUAAUUUUCACGUUUCUCAGCUAUCCAGUGUUUGAGGGCAGCAUGCCAAAUUUGCGCAAUGAUUUUUGUUUCCUGCUUCUUGUCCUGUUGCUCAGAAGAAAGGUCUCAGUAACACCUCAUCUGUUUAACCGUUCAUGUUCUUUGUUUACUGUAUAAAACAGCAGCAUGACAAUACAGCAGUAUACAAUGGUAACUGGAUCGUGUAUUUCACAGUCUUCUAUUUUGUGUGAGUUUUUUAAGUUACCUGUGAUUUUUUUUAAUUCUUUUUUGUUUUAAAUCCGUUUAAAUAAUGUAUAAUAUAAAAGAAUGAAUGCUGAACUACUGCUGUACUGGUUUUUCUUUUUUAAAGGAGACUGAAAUGAGCCACAGUGGAGCUCAGUAGUUAUUGUUCUGUGUCAAAAUGACUUACAUUAAAUUGUUUAUUGUAUAAUACAGAAGCAUGAUAAUAAAGAACCAGAACAAAAUGUAAAAUAGUAAUCAGAUCUUCUUUUUUUGUGUGAUUUUUCAUUUAAAACCAAUGUAAAACAUUAUGAUCCAAAACCUUUUAUUCAUCUUUUUCUACAAAAGGAGACUGAAACAAGUCACAGUGGAGCUCGGUAUUACUUUAUAACUUUGUGUCACCCAGCCCUGCUGGGUAUAAAUACUGCAAGGAGAUCCAACAUGUAUUUUAGCUCCAUGCCAUAGAGUGAUUUAUAAACAUGCAGUAGCGCUUUGAAAUUGAUUCUGUAGAUAACCAGUGUAGAGAUUAAAGAACAGGAAUUAUGUGCUCUGUAUUCUUGGUUCUUGUUAAGACUGUAGCAGCAGCAUUCUGAAUAAGCUGCAGCUGCUACACUGCUUUUCUGGGAAGACCAGCCAGAAGAUCAUUGCAAUAGUCCAGCCUGCAGGAGAUUAAUGCACAAAUUAGUUUCUCUAGGUCCUGUCUGGACAUAAGAACUUUGACCCCGGUUCCACACUGGAUGCAUCAGCAGUGCAAAACAGCAGCAGAACGGUUUACUCGAAAACUUCAAAGCUGUCCUUUUCACACCGGGAAAGUCUUGGCAGUGGCAUGGCUUCCUCGCUGUCCUCUUUGCUGGACUUGUGAGAUUACAAGAUUCCUCAAGACUUCAGGUCACGGUUUGUGCAGGCCGUUGGGUCACAUGUAAGCUUGAUAUAUAUGAAAUUGCAUCACUGCAGUACCUUUAUUUUGAAAUUUACCAAGGAUUUUUCACUGAAACUGGAAAAAAUAGAACCCGAUCCUAUCUUUAGCAGCGCGGUGCUUCUGGGACAUGUCUGGAAAUCGCAUAGUUGCUGCUGGUUUCAAACAGCCCAAAUACUAUAACGGAUUCUAUUUGAAGCAGUGACGUUCCGCUGCGGUUCCGUUCUGCUGAUGCUUUCAUUGUGAAAGUGGGAUGUGUCUUUCUAUUUAAUGAAGAUGAUAAAACUCUGAUCUAGUUACAGUCUUAAUGUGAGCAGUGUGUCAUCUGUUUAUAAUCUGAUGACCUGACCUUGUGGGAGCUUGUAGAGAUUAAAGAGCAGUGGUCCAGGAAUCAAAACUUGUGGGACCCCACAUGUCAUGGUGAUCUGCUUUGAUUUGUGAUCACCACAUAACCCAUCUUCGAGAUAUGAUCAGAACCAACUGUGAGCUGUGCCUGACAGUCCCACACAGUUUAUGAUUGUUGGAAUGAGUGUCUACAGGUGUAAGCUAUAAUGAAUGAACUCAUGUCACAAUAAAAGGACGGGUAAGGCUCCACCCACUGUGUGGAAAAGGACUGUCUGUCACAAGCGGUAGCAGAUGGCGGAGGUGCAGUGGUGGAGUCCCCCGUCAUGAAAGAAGACUGUAUGAUUCUCUCGUUUAUUACCACUCAAAUUCCAGUACAAGGGCGCAGCCCGAAAGCGACUCUGCUAACAGGUUAUGGGCCCAGAUGAGCGGCGGAAGGAAUCUGCAACCAGAGAAGGAAGGGCGGCUACCUGAAUCAGCGAGUCACCAGCAGG